CGGAAGCGCGCGUGAGUGUGGCCGUUUCGUUUCACCUUCACUUUCCCGCUGGGAGCCGACAUGAACCCCGCGUGAGCAUCCAGGCUGACCGCGAGAGCUUCAGGACUGGGCACAGGAGCCCGCCCACAGGCUGAGGCGGGGCCAAAGUGACUGUAUGGUGGGCGGAGCUUCACACUGAGCAGCAAGAAGGAUGCUGCAGACUCCCUGUUCUACCUCCAGAAGCGUCAUCUUGCUUUGGUAUCUCCUGUUCUUUUUCUGCGCUUCUCCAGCAGCCUGCAGGGGGAAACACAUGGAGCCGUGCAAUGGACGGGACUGCUCCACCUGUCGGUGUUUCCCGCCCAAAGGGGAGAUGGGAGUUCCAGGUCCUUUGGGUCAGCAAGGCCCUCAAGGGCUGCCAGGUACCUUUGGCCCUCAGGGACCUCCAGGACCAAAGGGACAGAAAGGAGAUGAAGGGGAAGCAGGACCCCUUGGACCCAAAGGCCACAUUGGAAUCAGGGGCCUAAGAGGUUUUCCGGGUUUAGAUGGAAUAGAGGGUCAUCCAGGACCUGCUGGAGGUCCAGGUCUUCGUGGUCAAGAUGGAUGUAAUGGAACUAGAGGAGACCAAGGACUACCUGGGCUUCAAGGACCACAAGGGGCAGAUGGAGCAUGGGGUUUACCAGGACCAAAGGGGUAUCCAGGGGGUUCAGCAGUUUUCUUCUUCCAGCACCCAGGAACACCAGGAGAUCCUGGGCCUCCUGGACUGCCUGGAGUCCAGGGCAAGCCAGGUCUUCUGGGUCCUCCAGGUCUUUCUGGUCCUGCAGGGCAGAACGGGAACAUCGGUGAGCCUGGUGAGCCUGGUCCCAGAGGUCCUCCUGGAGAAAACGGUCAAGCUGUGCCCGGGCCGAAAGGAGAUGAGGGAGAUCAGGGCCAGGAGGGACCCCCAGGGCCCUUCGAGUACGUGGACCCCCCAGAGGACCGGUACAUCAAAGGGGAUCAGGGACCUCCUGGGGUCAAAGGAGCAGCUGGAGUGCAGGGAGCACCGGGCUUGGAUGCCCGUCCUGGGGUCAAAGGAGAGAAAGGCAUUGUGGGAUUCCCGGGGCCCAGGGGUGUCAUCGGUCGGCCUGGUCCAGGGGGGGGGAAAGGUAUCAAGGGACGUAAAGGGGAACAGGGUCUGCCAGGCCUGUUCGGACAGGACGGGUCAAAGGGCAUUAAGGGAGAUCAGGGCCCCAAAGGGCCCCCCCAGAGCAGGGACGUCACACACGUCGGGGACUUCGGAGACCCGGGGGCUCCUGGGUUUCCAGGUCCCCCAGGACACAUGGGGCAUAUGGGGUUUCACGGUCCACCAGGACCCCCAGGCGCGUCGGUGCCGGGACCAAGAGGUCUUCCUGGCAUAAAAGGAUCUCAGGGGUCUAAAGGGGAGAAAGGAGAUCCAGGUCAAAUGAUUACAGACGGAAAAACACCAGGAGAACCUGGGAAACCAGGAUUUCCUGGAUACACAGGGCUAAAGGGAGAGCCAGGAACUCCAGGAAGUUACUGUCUUCCUGGGAUACCAGGACUGCGGGGGGAGCCAGGUGUUCAGGGGCCCCCAGGGGCCACUGGCUUUUCUGGAUUUAGAGGUGAGACCGGUCCCUGCUCUUGUGGCCCUCCAAUCAACACACCCGGACCUCCAGGGCCUUCAGGUCUCUCUGGGAGUCCAGGGUUCCCAGGAGUCCAGGGAUCCCAAGGCCAGAGAGGAGAGGCUGGUUCUCUGGGAGAUGCAGGACUUAGAGGGGAAGAGGGUCUGGUUGGAGAUCAAGGCCCUAAAGGGCUAAAAGGUCAGAAAGGGAGUUUCAGAGUGGUUGAUUUUAAAGGCGAGAAGGGAGAUCAGGGCCCUCCAGGUCUGCUAGGCAGAACAGGAUACUCUGGACAAGCUGGACUCAGUGGAAAUCCAGGGGCCUCCGGAAUCACGGGCCCUGAGGGGGACGAGUUUGCUGGUGUUACUGGAGACAGAGGUCCACCAGGACCAUCGGGACGGAAGGGCCUCCUGGGACCUGCAGGGCCCCCUGGACAGGGGUUUAUGGGAGCGAUAGGAUGGCGAGGUGCCCCUGGGGCUCCAGGACUUAUAGGAUUUCCUGGACCUCCAGGACCAAAAGGCAUUCAAGGUGACACUUUGCCCUGUGGUCCUCAGAGUUUUGGUGCUCCCGGACAGAAAGGAGACUCUGGACUCCCAGGUUACAUGGGAGACCCAGGUCCUCCAGGUUAUCCUGGAGGAACAGGGCUGGAUGGUCUAAAAGGAGAUAAAGGACAGACUGCACUGCCAGGACCACUUGGGAAAACAGGACCUCGGGGUAUGGUUGGAGAUACUGGAGAAGAAGGACCGGAAGGCCUUAGUUUCAUUGGAGACAGAGGCUCUCCAGGACUUCCGGGCCUGACUGGACUUCAGGGAUCAACUGGGGACUCUGAAGUUGGGGAUAUGGGACCUCCUGGCCCCCCUGGACCUUUGGGGUUUCCAGGACCAAAAGGCAUGCCAGGACCCCUAGGCAAAGAUGGAGAACCAGGUUUAGCAGGUCUGCCUGGAGACCCUGGAGUGAAGGGCCACAGAGGACAGGAUGGAGCCCAUGGUUUGAUGGGGCCCCCAGGGUUCCAGCCUGUAUCAUGCGAUGCAGGAAAAGCUGGCGAACGUGGCCAGAGGGGCAUCAGUGGACCCAGAGGACCACGGGGUCCUACGGGCCUUAAAGGAGAGGCGGGGCCUAACGGUCCGGAAUGUCCAGGCUCAAAAGGUGAUGUUGGUAGACAAGGCAUUUCAGGUUCUCCUGGCGGUCCAGGACCUACGGGGCCCACUGGUCCGCCUGGAGACCAAGGCUGGCCUGGGCUUGUUGGAGAAAAGGGACUGACCGGGCCCCAGGGAGAGAGAGGACUGCCUGGAAAUUUAGGAAGGACUGGAGGUCCUGGAGCCCUAGGCAAGCCCGGAGAGACGGGCCUCUGUGGACGAGAUGGACCUCCAGGAUAUGAAGGAGUGAAGGGAGAGAAGGGCUCCAAAGGAGAUGUGGGCCCUCCAGGACAUACCAACGUUAUCCUAAUUAAAGGUCCCAAAGGAGAGCAGGGGCCUCCCGGAGAGAAUGGACUCACUGGGCCCCGAGGGGAUAAAGGUGUGAAGGGGGAUCCAGGUCAUCCUGGGUAUCUGGGGAACUGUGGACCCCCAGGAAUAAAGGGAUUUCAGGGACCCAAAGGACCCCAAGGGAAACCAGGGUAUCCGGGACUAGCUGGACGUAUAGGACUGCGAGGACAGCCAGGCAAUCCAGGAUGGCCUGGAGACCCGGGUGACACAGGAUGUCCUGGACAACCAGGAGAGCCUGGUCAUCUGGGAUGUCCAGGACCCCCAGGUGAUAAAGGAGAAUCUAUAGGCUGUCCUGGAGUGCCCGGAUACAAGGGCCAUCCUGGAUUCCUAGGCCUCCAAGGCCCUCCAGGGCCUCCUGGAGAUCAUGGAGGUAUCGGCAGUCCAGGACUCCCAGGGCAGAAAGGAUGCAAAGGAGAACGUGGUUGCCACGGAAACCCUGGAGAACCAGGCGUGCAGGGUCCCAGAGGCCCCAGAGGGCAUCCAGGUUAUCCAGGUCUUGCAGGUGCACCUGGAGCUGAUGGACCACCAGGAUCAACCGGUGCUCAGGGACUUCCAGGUCCUCCGGGACCACUGGGGCUCCAUGGACUGGAUGGACUGAAAGGAGUCAAAGGGGACAUGGGGACUAAAGGUCUGACUGUAAUUGGUCCAAAAGGACCUCAAGGUCCUCCUGGUGAGAAAGGUCCUCCAGGUCCUCCUGGGCCUUAUGGUACAUCACAAUCAGGACCCCCAGGACCAAAAGGCCCCCAAGGAUCUAAAGGACCUCAAGGAAGAACAGGAUCAGUUGGAGAGCCAGGACCAGACUGCACAAACCCACUUCCAGGGCCUCGUGGAGAUCCUGGUUGUCAGGGACCAGACGGAGAGACAGGGUUCCCUGGAGAAAGGGGUUUCCCAGGUCCAAACCCUCCAGUCCGAGGUGAUGGUGGAGACAAUGGUCUUCCAGGCAGUCCAGGCUUGCCAGGAGAAAGGGGAAAACCGGGGAGCCCUGGACGAGUGGGCUACAGAGGAGAUAUGGGUGUAAAAGGAGAAAAGGGGGACAAAGGUUGGAUUGGACUACCUGGUGAUAAGGGUCCAAAUGGUCAUCUGGGUUCUAUGGGACGUCCGGGAUCAAAGGGAUUUCCAGGACCAGCAGGAAUAAAAGGAGAGAAGGGACAGGUUCUUCCCUCUCAACCUUGUCUUCCGGGACAGACGGGCCCUGCUGGUCUACCUGGCCCCCCUGGUCCAGCUGGAGAUUGUGGUCUGAGUGGAGAAAAUGGUCGAAUAGGGGCAAAAGGUGAGAAGGGAGAGCCGGGGGAUCAGGGGCCAAUAGGAGAAACAGGGCCAAUGGGUCCAAAGGGAGAGCGAGGCAACCUGGGACUGCAUGGAGAGGAAGGCACAGAAGGAGAAAAGGGGACCAGAGGGGCAGUUGGUGACACAGGUCCAGGGGCACCAUGCCAGGAAAAAACCAUGGGCUUCCUGCUGGUGGUGCACAGCCAAUCAGAGAGCAUCCCCCGCUGCCCGCUGCAAACAGAGAAACUGUGGGAGGGAUACAGUCUGCUGUACCUGGAGGGGCAGGAGAAGGCCUACACUCAGGACCUGGGUGCUGCAGGUUCCUGCGUUCGAGUCUUCUCCACCAUGCCGUUCUCCUCCUGCGACAUGAACAGGUGCCUCUACGCCAGCAGGAACGACAAGUCCUACUGGCUGUCAACCAUGGCAAACGUGACCAGGGAGCCCGUGAUGGGCGACUCCAUCCGAAGCCUCAUCAGCCGGUGUGUGGUUUGCGAGGCGCCCUCCACACCUGUGGCCAUGCACAGCCAGAACUCCAUCGAGCCAGAGUGCCCCAGCAACUGGGCCACUUUGUGGACCGGAUACUCCUUCAUAAUGCAUACAGGAGCAGGCGAUGAAGGUGGCGGGCAGUCUCUCACGUCUUCAGGAAGCUGUUUGACAGAAUUCAAAUCUCUGCCCUUUCUGGAGUGCCAGGGGCCUCGAGGGACCUGCCACUUCUUCGCCAACAUCUACAGUUUCUGGCUGACACACCAGGAGGGGGGAGCCUCCUACACCCGCAGGAACUCCAGCACGCUGAUCGACCCCAUGCAGCACAAGAACAACAUCUCCAGGUGCAGGGUCUGCAUGAAGCUGACCAACCAAUGAGCGCCUUGACAAGAGGAGAACCUCCUCCUGCAGGAACCGUGGGGACGGGCAGAACAGCCUCCAACCGUCACGUUUGGGACUUCAACUGCCGCUCCGUCUGUUGGUGGUCAAUAAGUCUUGAUCAGCGGUCGCUGACUCAGCAUGUUUGGUUGAUGACACUCGGUUUUGUUGGGGAUGAAGGGACGCGCUGUAGUCUUACUGCAGAAGAUCUCUGGAAUCAGAUUUGCAUACGAGAAUCCUCCAGAAGAUCAGCGGGUUUAUGCCAAAGUCAGAGAAACUGCAACCAACCAGCAGCUCAGACCCCGCAGGCCUCAGACGGCGGGUUGUUGGUGUGCUUCCUGUGUCCUCUGCUCAUCGGUUUGGCGAACCAACAACAACAAUCAAAUACCGUUCCACCACAAACUCAAAGAAGACGGACCAGGAAGUCAUUGUUGGCUGCUGCCCCACAGGGUUAGAUUGGCUCCACAACACUGUUAGAACCAGAUGGUUCCGCUGGUGCCUGAAAAAUGCAGCUUCAGAACGUCGGUGGAACGAAGAGAUGUUCUGCUGUGUGAGGGUUAGACUCCAGAGCAGACCAGGACUAGACUUGGAUCAGAUCAGAACCAGAAGUCGGUCAGACCAGAACAAGACCUGGAUGAGACCAGAACCAGAUCUGACCCAGGUCUGGUUCUGGUCUGACCCAGGUCUCGUUCUGGUCUGACCUAUGUCUGUUUCUGACCCAGAUAUGGUUCUGGUCUGAUCCAAGUCUUAUUCUGGACUGAUUCAGGUCUUGUUCUGGUCUGACCCAUGCCUGGUUCUGGUCUCGUUCUGGUCUGACCCAGAAAUGGUUCGGGUCUGAUCCAAAUCUUGUUCUGGUCUGAUUCAAGCCUAGUUCUGGUCCUGACCCAGAUCUUGUUUUGGACUGACCCAUGUCUGGUUCUGGUCAGAUCUGAUUGUAGAGGAGGGAAUCCAGGAGUUUUCAAAAUAAAGCAGUAUCAAUAUCAGCCAAUGUACUCUUUCUGUGUGGUUCAGUACCAACAGACCAAUGGACCAGUUGGCCCGGUCCAGAACCUGUGAGGUUGGGGACUGACAGGUCUGGUAAGAGCUGGAUUAGGGACAGAUCCAGGAACUCUUUUUGGAUUUUCUGGGCAGUUUGAGUGACUCUGACGUGAGUUUUUGUAUGAUUCUUACUCUUUAAAUGAGCCGAGCCCUUGUUGGCCCCGCCCACCUAUUGAGACCCAAAGGCACCCCCCACUUGUAAACCAAGCAGGAGGGAAAUCGGAGUAACUCCGCCAGAGUCUCUCUUUAAGAUCACUUUGCCGGUCCCAAGCCCGGAUAAAGGAGGAGGGUUGUAAAUGUGGCCCUUCAAAAUAAAAGCUUAUCCGUAAUCCUGAACAUCAGCGCAUAGAAACUGUCUUCUGAACAUUUCAUUGACGAGUUAAUGACAUGUAUUCAUUUUCUCAUAGGACUCAGUGGAAGUAGUGCGGUUUUCAUUUUUUAAAUUCUUCUGCUUUGGACGGACGGUGAAAACGAGAAGCUAAAACUCUCCAGAAAUCGGGUUAAUGAGGGACGUCUGAACGGUGAAGGUUCUCCAUCCAGGUGACUUUGGAGCGACUUCUGGACUUAAAAUCUCCUCCAUGAUACGUUUCUCCGCUCAUCCAAGUGGCUUCAUUAGCUGCAGUGUUCGAGUUCUAACAUUGAGGGAAGUUAAAGGUUGGAACAUUUUCAGACAGCAGCCUGAAUCAGACUGUGGAGCGUUGAGGAGCCAAUCAAAUCCUUCAUGUAGGUCAGCCACCAAUGUCUUUCCUCGGUGCCGGCUGUUUAUCCCUUGUGCUAUCUUAGAUGCCCCCCCCCUUCCAUUGAGGUGUUCUCCCUACCAUGACAAAGGUGGAUAAAGGUGGAAAGAUUUCAUG